UGAGCGUCAGUCAAUCAGCAUCAAGCGCAACACGCAGCCGCUCUGGGAAAAGCCCAGACUAUCCAAACUGUCCGACAGACUUUGAUGCGAGUGAGAUGAACCUGCUGGACACCCGACGGGAUGAUCCUCCUAUAAAUUGCCUACAGUAGCCUGCACUUCACCGGCGAUGUGAACUUCUAGUGUUGUGAAAUAAUUAUGCAAGAGAACAAACCGGAUUGUUUGUACUAGCGCUAUCCCAAGGACAUCAUGUCUUCGGCUGUCCAUCGAUCGGGAUUUGUGGUCGUUUGCGUGAUUUUUGUCCUGACUUGUGCCCUGUACCCUGUGCUGAAGACACUCUGUGUUCAUAUUCACUCCGCUGUCACAGGAAGCUAUGUGGCUGGAUAUCAUUCUGUACUGCUUGUCAACUGCCCCACAGAACAAACCGCUAAAGACAUUGGCAGGAGCAUCAUGGAGAAAAGGCUGGCAGCAUGUGUGAAUAUAUUUCCUCGCGCUACCACUAUGUAUUACUGGAAAGGAGAGAUACGGGAUACCUCAGAAAUACUGCUGCUUUUGAGGACAAGAACAUCUCUGGUUCAGAGACUUGUGGCCUAUAUAAAAGCUGUGCAUCCAUAUGACAUACCAGAAAUCAUCAGUUUUCCUAUUGAUGAUGGAAGCCAGCAUUACAUGAAGUGGAUGGAAGAUGCAGUCACUGAUAUUUGAUGCAUGUGUCUGCAAUCCAGUGGAGAAACUCACUAUACAGAAACAUUAAGAAGAAAUGGCAACGUGAGCACAAAUUCUCAGGUUAAUGUGAACCCUGACCCAUACAAUGAAUGUCUGUAAAAAGAUAAAGAUCAGUGUAUACUUUUACUGAAUGGUUGUGUGGAAAGGGAUUUUUAUCUGAUGUGUUUUUACCAGAGCAAUUACAUUUAUGCAUUUAGCAGAUGCUUUUAUCCAAAGUGACUUACAAUAGGGAAACUAAAGGAAAUUGUCACAGAGCCAGCAUAAUUCAUAGUGCAAUGCCAGGGUUAUUAGACAGCUAGAUUUGGAAGUAAGCAAGCAAGCAAAGCAGAGGAGAAAUGCAGAGAAGAAAAAGAU